AAAUUCACACUCUGAACCAACCGAUGAACGGUUACAUUUCAAAGCUCCUUCGGCUACAUAAUUUUAAAGCUCAGUGACCUAAGCUCCGAUUUUCGCAAAUAAAAACUUAUUUCCAUUAUUUUUUCACCCUAAACAUUUUGUCAUCUCAUCCCCCAGCCACUGCACAUCUCAGACCAAGCAAGAACAGCAACAAUUCCCGCGCUUAAAACCCUAGGGUUUAAAGUCUACCAUUCUUUCACAGAUCAUAUUAAUUUUUUUUCUAUUUUCAAUUCAUUAUGGAAGUGGAUAUGGAUGCUUCUCCCAGCUAUUUAGACCCAGAAGAUCUGAGUAGUAGAGAGCGCUUUCGUCGAUACGGGAAAAGGCAAUCUAGUUCAGGCCAAUCACCAUACCAAGAUAAUUCAGUCUCGAGAUUUAGUAAUGCAGUGCUUCUACUCGAAAAUAUCAAACAUGAGGUCGAGAGCCUCAGCACAGAUCUUGGAGGAACACCUUUUGAAUCUGCUUCAAAGAGGAGAGCGUCCCUUGACAACCAUGCUGUAUCAGAGGCAGAUAUUGGUGUUGAUACAAUGCUAAGACGGGGAAGUGAGUCUCUAAAGGUCGGCAAACAGGAAGAUGGUGCUGGAACUGAGAGUGGGGACACAACUUUCCAUUUAUUUGCUUCUCUACUGGAUUCUGCCCUUCAAGGGUUGAUGUCUAUCCCUGAUCUGAUAUUACGACUUGAGCGUACUUGCCGUGAUGCUUCAGAAACAAUUAGAUAUGGCUCCACUGAAAGGUACAGAACUGUUGAGAAUAAACUGAUGAGACAAAAAGCUCGGCUCUUGCUUGAUGAAGCUGCUUCGUGGUCUCUUCUGUGGUACCUAUAUGGGAAAGGAAACGAAGAACUUCAGGACGGUUUACUCCUGUUUCCUACAACUUCACAUUUGGAAGCCUGUCAAUUUGUUUCUUCAAAUCAUACAGCACAAUUGUGCCUCCGGAUUGUUCAAUGGCUUGAAGCAUUAGCCUCCAAAUCCCUUGACUUGGAUAAUAAGGUCCGUGGCUCUCACGUGGGCACUUAUCUCCCUAGCUCUGGAGUUUGGCGUCAUACUCAACGAUACCUUAGACAGGGUGCCUCCAUUCCAAGGACAGUUCAUCACUUGGAUUUUGAUGCCCCAACGCGUGAAAAUGCUCAGCAACUACCUGACGACAAAAAACAAGAUGAAUCUCUUCUAGAAGAUGUCUGGAUUCUGUUGAGGGCUGGAAGACUGGAAGAGGCAUGCAGUCUUUGCCGGUCUGCUGGACAGCCAUGGAGGGCUGCAACUCUAUGCCCCUUUGGGGGAUCCAAUAUGUUCCCAUCUAUUGAAGCCCUUGAGAAAAAUGGCAAGAACCGAAUGCUGCAGGCGAUUGAACUGGAAAGUGGAAUUGGUCACCAGUGGCAUCUUUGGAAAUGGGCUUCCUAUUGUGCAUCAGAAAAAAUUGCUGAGCAAGACAGUGGGAAAUAUGAAGCAGCAGUAUAUGCAGCUCAGUGCAGUAACUUAAAGCGCAUGCUUCCAGUUUGUACUGACUGGGAGUCUGCAUGCUGGGCAAUGGCCAAAUCGUGGCUUGAUGCCCAAGUUGAUAUUGUAAUUGCCCGCCUACAACCUGGCAGAACAGAUCAGUUCAACAGUUUUGAAGAAGCAAUUGAGAGAAGUGCUGAUCAAGGAGACGCUGCCUCUCAGCCAAUUCUUAGACCAGAUAGUUGGCCACUUCAAAUUCUGAAUCAUCAACCUAGACACCUUUCUUCCCUUCUUCAGAAGCUCCAUUCAAGUGACACGGUGCAUGAAGUUGUUGCUCGAGCAUGCAGGGAACAGCAUAGGCAAAUUGAGAUGAAUCUUAUGUUAGGAGACAUACCACAUUUGCUUGACCUAAUAUGGUCAUGGAUAUCACCUUCCGAAGAUGAUCAGAACAUUUUCAGGCCUCAUGGUGAUUCACAGAUGAUGCGUUUUGGGGCACAUUUAGUGCUGGUUCUUAGAUAUUUACUUGCAGAUCAAAUGAUGGAUGCUUUCAGAGAGAAGAUAAUGACUGUUGGUGACUUCAUUCUUCAUAUGUACAUUCGUGCAAAGUAUUUCAAUAUAGUAUUUAGCUGCUGUCUUGGGAAGAGCUACAUUCUUCUUAUAAGUAUUGGCACUCCUUCAUUUUUCUUAGUGAUAUCUCUGAACAUAAAUACUUUCAACUCUCCUAUGUUGAAAAGCAAUAUUAGGAGCUUUCUCGCCAGUCACAGUCAGAUUGAUCUUAUUGUGAUUGCCUUCUCUAAAGCUCAAGUAUUGUUGAGAAAAUCGCGAAUACAUGGCAGAACAACCAAGCAGGAAAGUGGACAAAGAGUUAACAACACAGAUUUUGACAAAGGAGAUGAUCGACUCCAGCAACAAAACCUAGGACCCAUGUUGAAUCUGCCUUACGCGAGAACCCAGUUGGGAAUCGUGACCUUCGUGAUGCCGCUUCUUUGCGGUUCUACGAGCGACGAAAUGGGGGUUAUGGUGGACCAUGUUGAAUCUGCCUUACGCGAGAACCCAGUUGGGAAUCGUGACCCUUGUGAUGUCGCUUCUUUGCGGUUCUAUGAGCGACGAGAUGGGGGUCAUGGUGGAUGGCGUAACGCAGGUGACAUUCAACAAGGUGCUUCGAGCGACAGCGACGUUAAACUUAUUGAUGCAACGACCUCGGGCUACAACAAUAACAGUAAGGAUACCACUCCAAUUCAAAAUUCAGCGCAGAAUCAAAGUAGAAGUUCAGUUCCUAUUCAGUCAACACCUAAGGUAGAAACCAGAUCCAAGAAUGAGCCAAUAAUGACCCCUAUGCAUAUCCUAAUCUUGAGAAGUGCUUUCGGUGCAAUCAACCCGUUCAUUUUUCAAAUAGCUGCUGAAACAGAUGCAAAUACAGGAGAAGAAUUGGCGUGCAUUGUCCAAUGCCUUUUGCUUGCCCCGAAAUAUCUUGAUAGCUCUCAACGGCACAAAAUCUUUGGGACUCAAUACACUGUUCGUAGUAAGGUAUGUAAUGUGAUCAUUGAUAGCGACGGUAAUGAGAACGUUGUUUCCAAAGCAGUGGUAAAAGCAUUAAAUCUGAAGACCGAGGGAUACCCUUCUCCACACAUGAUUACAUGGAUUAAAAAAGGCCCAGAAAUUCAAGUUCUAGAGAUUUGUAAGAUUGCUUUGUCGAUUGGAAAAUAUUACAAAGAUGAGAUCAUAUGUGACAUGGUAGAUAUGAAUGCUUGUCAUAACUUAUUGGGGCGUCCAUGGUACUAUGAUGUCAAUGCCACUUAUAAAGGGCGGGAUAAUACUUUCCCAUUUUGGUGGUUUGAUAAGAAGAUCAUUUUGUAUAUUGAUUUGGCACCUGGAACUAGUUUGCCUAACUUGCCACAUUAUCACAUGAGCCUAGUUGAACAUGAAGAGUUGCAACGAAAGGUUAAUGAGUUACUUGGGUUGAUUCAUGAGAGGACAAGUCCUUGUGCAGUUUCUUCUUUACUCACUCCAAAGAAAUAUGGCAGUUGGCGAAUGUAUAUAGAUAGUCGUACUAUUAAUAAAAUAACAAUCAAGUAUCGUUUUCCCAUCAUGCGUCUUAAUGAUAUGCUCAACAGGCUAGAAGGUGUAGCGAUAUUUACCAAACUUGAGUUAAGGAGUGGCCAUCAUCAGAUCCGUAUUCAACCUAGUGAUGAGUGGAAAACAGCUUUCAAAGCCAAAGAUGGAAAAAUUUUGGUGGUCUAUUUUGAUGAUAAUCAUAUCUACAACAAGAAUGAAGAUGAGCAUUUAUCACAUCUUACAGAAGUUUUCUCAACUCUACGAAAUAAUAAAUUGUAUAUCAAUAUUAAAAAGUGCAGCUUUAUGAUUGACCAACUUUUGUUUCUUGGUUUUAUAGUGGGAAAAGAUGGUAUUCAAGUUGAUAAACCGAAGGUGAAAGCAAUAAGUGAACGGCCAACUCUUAAAACUGUGCGAGAAGUACAAAGCUUUCAUGGCUUCGAGAAGGUAUUUGAAGUCGAGUGUGAUGCUUCAGUUAUGGGUAUUGGAGCAUAUUAUCUCAAGAAGGUCGUCCAGUCGAAUUUUUCAGUGAAAGGUCCUUUCUUGGACAGGGUUUUAUCAAGAUCUCGAGAAAUUAGGGCUGGAAAGUAUGACGAGUCAUCUGAUGUUUCAGAGCAACAUCGUUUACAGAGUCUACAGAAAGCAAAGGUUAUUCAGUGGCUCUGCUUUACACCUCCCUCAACAAUUAAUGAUGCCAAGGCUGUUGCUGCUAAACUUCUAAUGCGGGCAUUGACGCACAGUAAUAUACUGUUUCGGGAGUUUUCUCUUAUUUCUAUGUGGAGGGUCCCAGCAAUGCCCAUUGGAGCGCACACAUUACUUAGUUCACUCGCUGAACCUUUGAAACAACCAACGGAAAGUUUUCUUUCCACAGAGGAUCCUGAUGUGACUGAAAAUUUGAGAGAGUUCAAGGACUGGAGGGAGUACUACUCUUGUGAUGCAAAGUAUCGCAAUUGGCUAAAAGUUGAAUUAGAGAAUGCUGAGGUUUCACCGGAUGAACUUUCACCAGAAGAAGAACAGAGGGCCGUUAUGGCUGCCAGAGAAACACUUAUUUCUUCACUUUUACUGUUACAGAGAAAAGAAAAUCCUUGGUUGUUACCUACUCAAGAUCAUAUUUAUGAAUCAAAGGAGCCUGUGUUCCUGGAACUGCAUGCUACAACCAUGCUGUCUCAACCUUCUGGUGAGGGUAUGCCACCUGAUGCUACCUUGUGCACUACAUUGACAAGUGCCCUCUUCUCGGCAGUGAGUGAGGAAGAAAUUCUGCAUAGACAAUUAAUGGUGAAUGUUUCUGUCUCACCCAAUGAUAACUACAGCAUUGAGGUUGUACUUCGCUGCUUGGCAGUGGAAGGUGAUGGACUGGGUCCACAUGAGGUCCACGAUGGUGGAAUUCUUGGUACUGUCAUCGCAGCUGGCUUCAAAGGGGAGCUUUUACGAUUUCAAGCCGGAGUGACAAUGGAGAUCUCUUGCUUAGAUGCCUGGUAUUCAAGCAGUGAUGGUUCUUUGGAAGGCCCAGCAACUUAUAUAGUUCGGGGCAUUUGUCGUAGGUGUUGCAUACCGGAAAUGGUUCUUCGAUGCAUGCAGGUCUCUGUUUCACUCAUGGAGUCUGGCAAUCCACCUGAUAUCCAUCACGAGUUCAUUGAGCUAAUUACAAGUCCUGAGACUGAUUUUCUUCAUUUAUUCAGCCAGCACCAAUUGCAGGAAUUUUUAUUAUUUGAGAGAGAGUACUUAUUACUAGAAAUGGAGCACAAGGAGUCCAUUUCUUGACGAGCGAGCGGGUGUAGAAUUUUGAGCUGAUGUACUAAGAACUUUUACAAUGGCAGUGAUCGAGAAAUGGGUGAAAGAAGGUGCAGUCCAUGAACCACCAUGCCCUCUAUACUAUGAACUUUUACAAUAGCAGCGAUCAUGAAAUGGGUGAAAGGUGAAGGCCAUAAGCCACCAUUGCCCUCUGGUUAAUAUAUAGUAAUGUCGAGUUCUCAUCUGGCUACUUUUUCAGCCACCUUUUAGUACGUCUCGUGUGUGUGUGUGUGAUGACAGAUUAAAUAGUCCUUGUUAUGUCAUGUAAGGGCUUGGUUAGCAGCGUAGAGAAUAUGAAUAUGAAAUCUUGAUUGUUUCAUCUGGGGAUUUACCUUCUUGCUUCAUGUUAGUUAUCCGAUGUCGAGACUCAAAUAUUAUCAUGUUUUGAUGAAAGAUUUGCUACAAUAUAUAUUUCGAGUGCAUUUUCCAUAUGAAA